CCGCAUUUCAUGGUCUAGUGAAUUUGCUGUGGCAUUGGUCAAGAAUUCGACUGAGGUAAAUUAUUUGUCACCGCUAAGUUGUGCCGAAGAAAGUCGCCGGCUCAGGGUGUUUGAGCCGUAGGCUCCCACUCCCACAGGGUCCCGGGAUUCAAACCUGACUCCACUCUGGAAAUACCUCAAGAGCUGAGAACCAAACCUGGAAAAGAAGAAUUGGCCAUACUUGGCUUCAACUGCAGCCCUACCAAGCACAAUUGGUGCCAGUGAUCAACUGAGAAGGACAAAAACAUGGACGGCUUGCGAUCACCUUCCUCACCCAGAAACUGCAGCUAUGAGGCUCACUUCCAGUACUAUCUAUUUCCAGCAGUCUAUACCAUUGUGUUUGUUCUGGGCCUGACUGGCAACGUCUCAGCCCUGUGUAUGCUUAUGAAGAACACUAAGAACACCAGCCCAUCCUUCAUCUACAUUGCAAACCUGAUUGUCGUGAACAUCAUUUACAUUUGCACCUUGCCCUUUAGAAUCCAUUACCACAUGAACAAGAACAACUGGAUCUUUGGGGACAUGACCUGUCGGAUCACUGGGACCCUUUAUUUUGCCAACAUUUACAUCAGCGUCACUUUCCUCAGCCUGAUUUGCAUGGAUCGUUACAUUGCAGUGGUCCACCCUAGAAAAUACCUCAGGAUAAGAAGCACAAAGAUCCCGCGGGUGACCUCGGCCCUGGUAUGGACAGUGGCCUUAUCCAUCAUGCUCCCCUUAAUCUUCAGCGGCUCACUGAACAACAUCUGGGCAAACAACACAACAGCUUGCUUCGAGAACUUCAACGCUGAGGCUUACAGCAAAAAGAUGGCGGUGUAUCACAUUAUACCAUUCCUCUUUGGUUUCUUAACCCCAUUUACAAUUAUUAUUAUAUUUUACCCCCUGGCAGCUAAGAAAAUAGCCCAACUUAAAAGCAACAUCCACAGGGAAAAGGCUUUGAGGAUGAUCUGGGUCAUUAUGGUGAUCUCAAUUCUUUGCUUUGUCCCGUAUCACAUCACCCACUUACUCUAUUUCCUAGCUCGCCUGGACUUCAUUCAAAACUGUGCUUUUGGUAACUUUCUCUACAAGAUCCGGCGGGUUACCAUGGCCUUGGUCAGCCUCAACUGCUGCCUGGACCCACUGAUUUAUUUCUUUGCAACCAACAAAUUCAAGCUAAAUUAUGGAAGGAGAAGGAGAGCAGUUCAGAAUGUUUACAGCAUUGCCUGGCAUCUUACUGAGGGUUGAUACCAGUGCACCUAAGUAAAGACUCCAUGGCUUGGGGUCUGAAGGAAAGACCAGCCUUGCUGAGUUUUGAAGUCGGUGCAAAUGUUUUCUGGAUCCCUACUGCACCGUGAGCUGGCUACCCAGAAACCACAGGACUGCUGCUCAGUGGAAAGGGCCACCCAGUCCAGAUUUUUAAAUCUUCCCACUCACUGUAGCUCAAUUAGUCAGAACUCAGUUACUGUAGCUGCACUCUGCUACCUUGUUAAUAUGCAAUGACGAAAAUGUUUAACAAAACAAUUACUUGCAGUAUGAAAUUUAAUUUCCAUUAGGUCACCACAGGUUUUUUUUAAGUGUGUUGCACCAGACUGUCAGCUAUUCUCGUCUGGCCCGUGGUGUCAGGAUUGGUCUCCUUUCGAAUUAACUGGGUCACGAUAUGAACGUUCCUGACUUGACCCCUUUCUUCUAUUUUUUUUACGAGGCCGAGUGGCUAGAUCGACGUUCAACCCGGCACGGAUGGAAAGCGUGCUCGGGGCGGGGGGGGG